AAGACGAAGUAUCUCCAUGACGUUUCACGUUGACCCACACGUUGGACUCUACUAGACCCAAGCAGCGGGGACGAAAGUGAAGUUAUUCUCAAUAAUCGUGAUUUAACAAGGUAACCGAACUAUGGCCCUCGCCCAAGUGUCAUCCAACAAGUGCAGUGGCGGCUACCAGAAGGUGUUCGAGCAUGACAGCACUGAGCUGAAGUGUAAAAUGAAAGUCGCUGUCUACCUGCCUCCUAAAGCCGAGAAUGAGAAGUGCCCCGUCUUCUACUGGCUCUCUGGGUUGACAUGCACAGAGCAGAACUUCAUCACCAAGGCUGGCAGUCAGCAGGCGGCUUCUGAGCACGGAAUCAUCAUCGUAGCCCCAGACACCAGCCCACGUGGUUGUAACAUCGAGGGUGAAGAUGAGAGCUGGGACUUUGGCACGGGGGCUGGUUUCUAUGUCAACGCCACCCAGGAGCCCUGGAAGACCAACUACUGCAUGUACACCUAUGUCACUGAGGAGCUCCCUCGUUUGAUCAAUGCUAACUUCCCCACUGACCCAGAGAAGAUGUCCAUCUCCGGCCACUCCAUGGGGGGACAUGGAGCCCUCAUCUGCGCCCUGAAGAACCCUGGAAAAUACAAGGCUGUUUCUGCAUUCGCCCCCAUCUGUAACCCCAUCCAGUGUGCCUGGGGGCAGAAGGCCUUCUCUGGGUACCUAGGAGAAGACAAGAAGACCUGGGAGGCGUAUGACGCCACGGUGCUGGCAGCAUCAUACUCUGGCCCACAGCUGGACAUCCUGAUCGACCAGGGCCGUGAUGACCAGUUCCUGUCGGCCAGCCAGCUGCUUCCUGACAACCUGAUCGCCGCCUGCUCAGAAAAGAAGAUUCCUGUUGUGUUCAGGCUGCAGCCGGGCUACGACCACAGCUACUUCUUCAUCUAUUCCUUCAUCACCGACCACAUCAAGCACCACGCCAAGUUCCUCAAUGCUUAAGACUGACUGCUGGACCAGAACCCAACCAGGCUUUCUCCUCUGUGCCUUCUACUCAAACUGUGCACCUGCUACUGUCCACCUGUCCCAUCCAGAGAGACCUAGUGCCUGGUGAGCUAAAAUUAACCUGAUGCGCCUGUUGAGCUGAAAUGAACACACCUGCUAUGUUGAGUCAAGCUGAGAACAGACAAUAGUGGGGCCAGGAUGUUUGGUGUUAAGAGGAGCUUGCUUGCUAAUCAUGUGGUCACUCCAACUGUAUUUCUUUCAAAAUAAAGGUUCAGUUAUUA